GCGCGUGCAGUCAAGUCUAGAGUUGCAGAGCGCCGGCGGUCUCGUAUGCGUAUGAUAUUAUUAUAGUCUGCUGUAGUCGUUGUUUCGAUACAUUUUACAUUUUUUUUUUUUGUGUACACGGUAUUUCCGUCGCACAACGUGCCUUCGCGUACAUAUUUUGCAAACAAUAAUCUUCGCGUAUUUUCAAUAUUAUUGUUGUAUACCAAUACUUCACAGGGUGGAUUUACCAUACGGUUUGGACUUUUCUGCCGAACACCACGACAAAUCUUAUAUCACUCGUCCGCCUUUGGAGACGAAGAAAAAGUAUUUCGAAUCUCAAUCAGGCCAAAAUGAAAUUAUGGCUGAUAUUAUCAAUAACUAGUUACUCAAUACUAGAAUGUUUUCCUGGUGCUAUAACAGAAUUUCCCGACUCAGAAGUAUCUAUUCGGGGAAAAAGACAAGGAACUGUAACAGAUACUUGUGAUUUUGGUGUUGAUCCUGGGUUAUUGACAUGUGAUUGGAAAAAUCGAAAUGGAUCUGCUUUAAAAUGGGAACUUGGAGCUGGUACACUUUCAAAUUGGCUAGGCGGACCACCGUCAGAUGCAGGACAAGGAGAAGACGCAGAAAAGGGAGGGUACAUUUUUUUCGAAACAUCUUUGUUAGCUGCACCUGUAGUAAGAGUUGAUGAUAUUACUAUUAGAGAAGGUCAAAAUGCAUUUAUUGAAAGCCCAGUACUUGGAAGUACGGGAGCAGAAGGAAAAUGCAUUUCUUUUAGUUUUAAUGUUGACGGGUUGAGUGCAGCUGGACUGAGAGUUAUUUUACAACCUACAAACAAAGACGGUCGGCCAGAUGGAUUUUUUAGAGUAUUAUGGGGUACUAAAGAUCCAACUAAUAAAAUAUGGAUGAAUUCAGAAGUACUUUAUACGUAUAACAAAGAGCAUCAAGUGGUAUUUGAAGGAAUUGCUAAAGACUUGCCAGACCCAUUUAGAAAAUUUCGUGGUUAUGUUGCUGUAGAUAAUAUAGCAAUAAAGCAGGGACUAGAUUGUAAGGGUCAUUGUACAUUUGAAGGUGGAUUCUGUGGCUGGAUUAAUGACGAGGAUGAUGAUUUCAACUGGUCAUUGGGAAGAGGAAGUAAAAAUCCAUCUACUGGGCCAGCAACUGAUCGAUCAAGUUUUAUUUAUGGUGGAAUGGAAGGAGGCUAUGCAUUUAUUGAUUCAUCUUAUCCACGAAGGCCUGGUGAUAUGGCUCGUAUGUCAAGCAUGGAGUUUGAUCCAACUGGACCAGAUACACCACUCUGCCUUCGAUUUUGGACUCAUAUGUAUGGCAAUGGGAUUGGAACAUUGACAAUAUCGAUAAGUGAUACCAGAGAAGGGGAAGAUAGAGAUAUUUGGUCACUUACUGGUGAAGCUGGAAAUUCUUGGUAUCAAGCUGAAGUACCUGUGUCUUCAGCUAACCCAUUUAAAAUAAUUAUUAUUGCUAAAAUCGGUAAAAAUAAUCUUGGAGAUAUUGCUGUAGAUGAUAUUUCUUUGACACCCGGUAGUUGCCCCACUGCUCCUCAAAUUGCUGCAGCCACAUCUGGUGAUUGUACAUUUGAAGUGGAUGAAUGCGGAUGGAGUAAUGUAGUAUCCAGAGAACGUUUGGACGAUAUUGAUUGGGAAAGAACUUCAGGGGCUGCAUUGAGAAGUACAGCUCAUGAUCAUACAUUGGGCACAGAAAAGGGAUAUUUAAUGACAUUGGCACGCACAGCUCUUCAACGUCCUGGAAGUCGUGCAUGGUUUACAUCUAGAGAUUUCAAAACAACGUCUACCCCUCGUUGUUUAUCAUUCUGGUUUGUGAUGAAUGAACCUUUUAUUGACACAACUGGCCCAAGUUUAGGCGCUUUGAGUAUUUAUCUGCGAAGUAAUGAUAACACUGGAACUACUAUAAUGAAACCAAUUUGGCGGUUGUAUAAUCAUCAAGGUCCCGACUGGCAAUAUGCUCAAGCGCUCAUUAAGGAGCCCAAUGAUGCCAUUUUGAUCGAAGGUAUAUGGGGUUCCAGUAGAGCGAAUGGAUUUAUUGCAUUUGAUGACAUAACAUUUUUUGGUGGCUCUUGUUCAAUUAUUCCGGCGGGAGCUAAAGUGCGACCGGGUGAAUGUAGAUUUGAACGUGAUAUGUGUGACUGGUCAAAUGGAACAGACAAAUCACCAGCUUCGUGGAGAAUGGCUACAGUGAACAGAAGACCUUCCAAUUUACCCGAUAAGACUUUUGGGGCUCCAGAUGGUUAUAUAUAUUAUGACUUAUUUAAUCAAAUAUUGGGAUCAAAUAUGGUACGACUAAUAUCACCAGUUAUACCAGUAACUGACGAGCCACAACUUUGUUUUUCAUUUUGGUAUGCUGCUUUUGGUGCUGGUGAGUCGGCAUUAUUGCAAAUCAUGAGACAAGACAAUAGUUCAGGAGAAACACCAGCAGAAAAAAUUUGGAGUCUAGAAGCAAAGAAUAUGGACACCACAAGACCAGCAUGGAUGCCUGCACAAGUAACAGUUGAAUCUAAUAAACCUUUUCAUAUAAUCAUGGAAGGACAAGCAACAAACGGAGGAUUUGCUGUAGAUGAUAUAAUAUUCACUCCAGGAUCUUGUCCAACUCGUCCAGAAAAGGCUGCUCUGAAAAAUCAAAAACUAAAAGCAGCUUAAAUUGAAGUUAACAUAUUAACAGCAUAUACCUGUGUUAUUAUAUCUAGUCAAUUUAAAAAAUUAAUACAUAUUAUUCAUAGUAUGAUCAUGGACCUAGCAUGUCAUAAUGAUGUCAUUACUUUUAUAAUUGUACGGACAUGUAUUCUAAUUUUUAUUAGUUAUGUAUAAUGUAAUAUAUUUGUAUCUGGAACUUUAUCAUGUAAAUCAGUAAAAUAGUGUUUCUAUUUUUUUGGUACUAGAAUAUUUUCAACUAUCUUCAACUAAGAACUAAAAACUGUCAUAGAUUUUAUGAAAAUUGCCAUAAUGUAUUAAUUUGUAAUUUUAAAGACCGAAAGUAACAGUUAUAAUGUUGGUGGUGUUAAUUUAAAUUUGUUUAAAAAUGUAUACAUUUUUAUUUACACGUUUAUUUAUACCUGCCAUUUGAUUCCAAUAUUAUAACAGUAUAGGUUGGAAUUUUUUAUAAAAUCUAGUUUAUAAUUAACUUUUACAUAAAUAUACUUAUACAGUAUACAUAAGCUUGUGGGUACAUAAGCAAGACUUCCAUUUUAAACACAUUUAAUUAGUUAUAUAGGUUAACUUUAUAAUAGUUACUGCCUAAUUAA